CACCGGUGGGCGGGGCCUGAGCGGCAGUGUUCUCGGUCGAGCGGCGGAAGCGGCGCGGUGUCCUCCAGCGGCUCUCGCGCAUCAACCCUCUACAAUACAGCAAGAGCCAUGAAGAUCUGGACGUCAGAACACGUUUUCAACCAUCCGUGGGAAACCGUGACCAAAGCUGCCAUGCAGAAGUACCCAAACCCCAUGAACACCAGCGUGUUUGGCGUGGACGUGUUGGACCGUAACGUGGACCAGCGGGGACGACUGCACAGCAAGCGGCUUCUCAGCACCGAAUGGGGCCUGCCGUCCAUCGUUAGAUCGAUAAUUGGCAACACGCGGACAUGUACGUACGUCCAGGAGCACUCCGUCGUCGAUCCCAAAGAGAAAAUCUUUGAGCUUCAGUCCUCUAAUAUCACCUUCACUAACAUGGUGUCUGUGGACGAGCGGCUCGUUUACCGGCCGCACCCAGAGGACCCGGAAAAGACCAUGCUGACGCAGGAGGCCAUCAUCUCUGUGAAGGGCGUCAGUCUCAGCAGCUAUCUGGAGGGACUCAUGGCCUCCACCAUCUCCAGCAAUGCAGGAAAGGGUCGCGAGGCGAUGGAGUGGGUGAUCAGACGUCUGAACACAGAGAUCGAGGAGCUCGCCAUCACAGCCAGAGGAACCCUGAGGACACCUAUGGCCGCCGCCGCCGUCACCGAGAAAUGACCGCCUUCCUCUCUGUCGCCGCUCUUCUCCACGCGUCUUUCUCCAAUGGUGGAAGUUCAUUCUCGGCGUUCUGUGCAUUCAAGCGUCUACAUUAGAGGCUGACGGGGACGUCUGGCGGCGGAGAGACGGCCUGAGCUUUAACAUCGACCGACAAACUCUCAAACCUAGUUUUAAUGAAUCAGUAUAACGGGACACACACAUGCUCUCUGAUGCGAUGACGGAAGAGGAACGUAUGCCAAACCAUUCAGCUCUGUUACACAUGACUCUUACAGUCCGAGAGCGCAGCUGUUGGACGCUUCACCAGCACUCACACACUUGAAAACUGUUAGUAAUAUUAGCUACUAUUAUACUAGUUACACUUAAUCCAAGCAUCAAGGAAGGGAACAAACUAAUCCAGACUAGAUUUGAAGAGGACCAUCGCGGAUCUUCGCAGGAUUCUUCAUCAUCAUCGAGAAUGUGCUAUAUAAUGUUAAUGUCUCCUUCCCUCAGUAGUGAACAUAUGUGCACUUGCUGUGACUGUAAGGGGGGUGUUGGAUCCAGAUGUGAUGAUGGGAAACAUCAGGAAGAGGGUGAAAUACAUUCUAUUUAUUUAUUUAUUUUUGGUAGGUUUAUGUUAUUUCAUGCAUCCAUGAAUCACGACGUCAUUAUCUUCAUCGUCAGCGAUGGGUAGCAUGAAUAAAUAUCAAUCCUGUGGCUCUUCAGAUGUAUUUACUGAAUGCGACGGUGAAGAUGGUGCUUCUGUGUGUUCUUGCGUCUGUCCUUCUCGACUGAAAUGGCAUCGAAGACCUUCUGUAUGUUUGGUUUACUUCAGUUUAAAUAUUAUGAGGAACUCGAAUAAAACGACUUAUUUAUACUGAAUCUAAAUGUGUGUUACUGGCAUAUUUAGUAUUAAAUCAAAUAGAGCUACUUGGUGCAAAGGUUGAAAUAAUUUAGGAAUGAAUUAAAUGUCUAGUGUUUUAGAGAUGCUCUCUGAUCAUCAUUUGUUCUCUGAACACAGCCAAAGCGGUUUACAAAUAAACUCAUAUUCAUACUAAA